UGUAGGAGAGACGGGUUUUGAAGGAUCUUCCCAUUUAUAGGGAGCUAAGGAUAUUUCCUUAAAAUGUCAAAAGAUUUAUCAGUGCCACCUGAAAUCCCUAAGGAAGAUGGCAGACCCAAGUGGGACAAUAAGUUCCAGUAUAUUUUAAGCUGUAUCGGAUUUGCCGUCGGUCUGGGGAACGUGUGGAGAUUUCCAUACUUGUGUCAGAUACAUGGAGGCGGGGCUUUCCUGAUCCCAUACUUCAUCGCUCUUCUCUUCGAAGGAAUCCCACUGUUGCAUCUCGAACUGGCCCUGGGACAGUGCCUGAGGAAAGGCAGCAUCGGUGCCUGGAAUACCAUCUCGCCUUACCUUGGAGGAGUCGGGAUUGGUUCGUGGAUGGUGUCAGUUCUGGUGAGCUUAUACUACAACACUGUUUUAACCUGGGUGAUGUGGUAUUUCACAAAUUCCUUCCAAGAACCUCUUCCUUGGAGUGUUUGCCCUCUAAAUGAAAACAGAACAGGGCUCAACGAAGAAUGUUACAAAAGUACCGCAGUAAAUUAUUUUUGGUACAGGAAAACUUUGAACAUAACACCUGAUGUCACUGAGACUGGCACGUUACAGUGGUGGCUCAUUUUGUGCUUAGCGACUUGCUGGGCAAUUGUAUACCUCUGCACCAUCCGCGGAAUUGAAACCACAGGAAAGGCAAUUUAUGUAACAGCAAUAUUUCCUUACCUGGUCCUAACUAUAUUCCUUAUCCACGGACUCACUCUACCGGGAGCCACUGAUGGUCUGGCUUACCUCUUCACCCCUAAUCUGAACACUUUGAAAAAUCCCCGUGUAUGGCUUGAUGCAGCUACCCAGAUUUUCUUCUCUCUCUCUUUGGCUUUUGGAGGGCUUAUUGCAUUCUCAAGCUACAAUCCACCAAAAAAUGACUGUGAAAAGGAUGCUGUGACAGUGGCAAUUGUGAACAGCGUGACAUCCCUCUACGCUUCCAUCCCAGUCUUUUCUGUUUUGGGGUUUAAAGCAACGACAGGCUACUGGGACUGCUUGGACAGGAACAUUAUCAAUGUCAUCAAUGAAUUUGAUCUUCCGGAAGAAAGCAUCAUGCGACAGAACUAUACAGCCUGGAUUAGUUACCUAAAUUCAUCACAUCCAGAAAAAAUUGCUGGACUCAAACUGAAAAGCUGUGACCUUCAAGAAUUUCUUGAUCAGAGUGUAUCAGGAACUGGCUUGGCUUUCAUCAUUUUCACUCAAGCCAUCAUUCUCAUGCCAGGCUCCCAGGCCUGGGCCAUCCUGUUUUUCGUAAUGUUGUUCAGCUUGGGCCUUUCUUCUAUGUUUGGGAACAUCGAAGGAGUCUUCACUCCUCUUUUAGAGCUUCGAAUUAUAUCUAAAUCAAUACCCAAAGAGCUGUUAUCUGGUAUAAUAUGUCUAAUUUCCUUCCUCAUCGCUCUGUGUUUUACACUGGGUUCAGGGAGUUACUGGAUUGACAUUUUUGACAGCUAUGCAGGCUCCGUGCCUCUUCUAGUCAUCGCUUUCUUUGAAGUGAUUGGGGUUGCAUAUGUCUAUAAAAUGAAAAGGUUCAGUAAAGAUGUGAAAUGGAUGACUGGACGAAAACCCAAUCUCUACUGGCAGAUCACAUGGAGGUUCAUUAGCCCUCUGCUCCUGCUAAUUGUCUUCGUGGCCUUUGUUACUCUUCAGAUACAGAAGCCGGCAAGCUAUGCAGCCUGGAACCCUAAAUACGAAGGCUUUCCUAUGAAAGAGGAGAAAGUUUAUCCACCUUGGGUACUGGCCAUCUGUGUGCUGUUAGCUGUCCUUCCUUGUAUGUUUGUGCCUCUGGUAGCACUUUUCCAUCUGAUCAAACGAAUGUGCAGAAACAAGGAACCAAGCUUUGUAGCACCAGAAGUGUUUUCAUGUCAGGGGUCUAAUAGCAACUUUUCUUAUCCAAAAGAAUAAAUACCCAUUUAUCUGUCUGUAAGUGAAAAUAAGACAGCCUUUGUUAAACACAAUUAGCUUCAGCAUGGUAUCAUCCAACCAACCGGUUUAUGCAGUUCAUACGCUUACAGCCAAUCACUAGGACUCUAUAAACAGUGCUGCUAUGUUUCCUUUAUUUUCAACCAAUUUCACAACAGUUACGUUAAUCCUGUCCCUCCUACAUCCUUGUCCUGAAUCCUACACACCGACCAAGUACCAGCCCCAUUGCUUUAACCCUUUUCACGCAUUACGAACUUCAUGUCUCUCUCCAGCCAGACUUUAAACUUGGAAAGCCUGCUAAUUAUUGCAAGUGCCCUGUCUUCUUUCACUUCUCUUCUAAAAAACCAGUUUGUUCCUAAGGAUCAGCAACAUAAAAAUUGGAACGCAAGCACCUACAGUUUCAUUCACUGACCCUGCUCUCUGAGAGCUGUAGAAUGGAAGCUCUUGAAGAGUAAGGACUCCUCUUGUCCACUGCACUCUACUGUUUGUAACAUUUAAAUAGCAGUUAGCAGUUAUUCUGUGAUUAUUUCAUAUUCUCAAA